AUGGCUUCAGCUGGAGAGAAGUGGUCAGCCGGUGCCGCUGCAUACGACAAUCGCGUUGCCCAAGUCACCGGAGACGGCAGCGAGGCCUUGAUCAAGCUGGUUGACAAGAUUAAACCCUUCGACAAUGAUUCCAAAGUCUUCGAAGCUGGAGCCGGCACUGGUGCUACCACGGAGCUGCUAAGACGACAAAAUGAGAGCAUGACCAUCGUUGCCGGCGAUCCAGCUGCUGGGAUGCUCGAGCAGCUCAAGAAACGUGACCUCCAGAACGUCAACAUCCUUUUGAUAGAGGCCACUGAGGAUCAUGUUGCAAGUGGCCUUGAAGCAGGCUCCUUCUCGCAUGUCCUCAGCAACUUCGUCCUCCAGUUUGUGGUGCCUAGAGCUCAAAUUGCCGUCAAUGAGAUGUUCAACCUGCUCAAGCCUGGAGGGAUCAUCGGUAACACUAUGUGGACAAAGCCAUCGGUGGGCGAGCCAUGGAACAUUGCAUGCAAGAACUUGGAUCCAAAUUUCGAGCCAGUGACUUCCGCCUUUUCUGAUGCGCUCAGAGUCCCCGGAGACCUGGAAAGACUGUAUAAAGCGUCAGGUUUCGUCGACGUUCAUAGCGAGGAAGUGGAGCUCUGGUUCAAGUUCAAAAGCGCAGAGGACUAUGCCGAUUACUUUCUACAUUCGCUGAACCCGCCCUUCAUGUCGAUGCAGACUUCUUGGAAAGGAAGUCCCGAGGACGUAAACGAGGAGCUUGUCAGGGUUGUUCAGGAGCAGUAUGACAAUGGCAAGUUUCGGAUGAUCUCUGCCACGGUCGUUGGGAGAAAGCCGUGA